GCGCCUGCCCUGCUGGGUGCUGCGGAUCCGGGCUGCGCUCUCACCCUCCCGCUCCCUCCAACAAGAUGCCUCCCAAAAAAGGAGGAGAUGGAAUUAAACCACAUCCUAUCAUUGGACGAUUUGGGACCUCAUUGAAAAUUGGUAUUGUUGGAUUGCCAAACGUUGGGAAAUCCACCUUCUUCAAUGUCCUAACAAAGAGUCAGGCAGCCGCAGAAAACUUUCCUUUUUGCACAAUUGAUCCCAAUGAGAGUCGAGUACCUGUACCAGAUGAUAGAUUUGAUUUCCUGUGUCAGUACCACAAGCCUCCAAGCAAAAUUCCAGCCUUUCUGAAUGUAGUGGAUAUUGCCGGUCUCGUGAAAGGAGCUCAUGCUGGCCAAGGGCUAGGAAAUGCUUUUUUGUCUCAUAUUAGUGCCUGCGAUGGAAUCUUUCACCUGAUGAGGUCAUUUGAAGAUGAUGACAUCACUCACGUUGAAGGAAGCGUAGAUCCUGUUCGAGACAUAGAAAUAAUUCACGAAGAACUUCGUCUUAAAGAUGAGGAAAUGAUUAUGCCAAUUAUAGACAAAUUAGAGAAGGUGGCCGUGAGAGGAGGAGACAAAAAAUUAAAACCUGAAUACGACAUAAUGUGCAAAAUCAAAACCUGGGUUAUAGAUGAAAAGAAACCUGUCCGCUUCUAUCAUGAUUGGAAUGACAAAGAGAUUGAAGUGUUGAAUAAACACUUGUUUCUGACUUCAAAACCAAUGAUCUACUUGGUUAACCUUUCAGAAAAGGAUUACAUAAGAAAGAAAAACAAAUGGUUGAUAAAAAUUAAAGAGUGGGUGGACAAGUAUGACCCAGGUGCCUUGGUCAUUCCUUUUAGUGGGGCCUUGGAACUCAAGUUGCAAGAAAUGAGUGCUGAGGAGAAACAGAAGUAUCUGGAAGAGAACAUGACACAAAGUGCUUUGCCAAAGAUCAUUAAGGCUGGCUAUGCAGCACUCCAACUAGAAUACUUUUUCACUGCAGGCCCAGAUGAAGUGCGUGCAUGGACCAUCAGGAAAGGGACGAAAGCUCCCCAGGCCGCAGGAAAGAUCCACACAGAUUUUGAAAAGGGAUUUAUCAUGGCUGAAGUGAUGAAAUAUGAAGAUUUUAAAGAAGAAGGUUCUGAAACUGCAGUUAAGGCUGCUGGGAAAUACAGACAACAAGGCAGAAAUUACAUAGUUGAAGAUGGAGAUAUUAUCUUCUUUAAAUUUAAUACACCUCAACAACCCAAGAAGAAAUGAAUUUUAGGUAAUUCUCAUUGCUCAGAAUAAAAAAAGAAUUACUGUAAGAAGACAUGUGGAUUUUUAAAAAAUGAAAACAAAAAAAACCCCCCACAAAAAACCAUCAAGGGUGUAUAUAUAUAUAUAUGUAUAUAUAAUAUAUAUAUACAUAUAUAUAUAUAUAAAAUCUUCCCUCAAAUGAAAAUAAAUUGCUCUUAUUUGUUUUGAAUUAAAAUAUAGCACCGCCACCGAACGUGCAAGUUCUGAAAAUGUGAACAGCUUUGCUUUUUAAACGAUUAAGACCCUACUCCAAAUUGUGGAAGCUUUUCAGGAACCAUAUUACUCUCAUGAUACUUCAUUAAUCUCCAUCAUGUAUGCCAAGCCUGACACAUUUGACAGUGAGGACAAUGUGGCUUGCUCCUUUUUGAAUCUACAGAUAAUGCAUGUUUUACAGUACUCCAGAUGUCUACACUCAAUAAAACAUUUGACAAAACCA